AUGGAGUCGAAAGAGACCUACAUUAAAACGCGUCUCGUUACGCAAGUGUUAAACAGCCAUGAAUGUUUCCGUGGGUUGGAAGUUGUUGGUUGUACACUGCAAACGCCCAAACAGUUCGAUGGAUUUAUGUCGACCAUCCACCAAUUGACGCUGACUUUGCGCCACCAAGCGAAUGGGAAAGAAUCAACCGUACCGCUGCUGGUGAAGGUGAUGAAGGGAGAGGAACUAUUCCGCACGCAAAACCUCGGACAUGUGUUGUUCCCGAACGAGAUCAACAUCUACGCGAAUGUGCUGCCGUACUUCGAUUCGUUCCUCGCCGCAGCGGGAACAUCCCUCAAGGCAACCGAAUGGUGUCCCCGAGCCUACCUCAGCACGGAGGGACUGUUUCCCGAGUACAGUGAAACAUUCGAAACGUUCCUUGUGAUGGAAAAUGUCGCACCGAAGGGCUUCCGAACCGGACCGCGGCUGGACCUGGACGAGGCACAUCUUACCUUGAUGGCGGAGAUCAUUGCCCGGUAUCAUGCGUGCUCGUACGCGUUGCGCAUACAAAAUCCAGCCGCAAUGGACAAUCUCGUCCAGAAGAUCAUUCCACUGAACUUCAUACAGGAUGGUAAAAUCUUUUUCGAAAGCUACGACAUGGUCUUCCGCCUUGCGGCAGAGCGUUUGUUUCUGUACGUCGAUGCGUGCCCAGAGGAACUGGACAGCGAACAGUUCAAGAAGCACAUCCACAUCUUGCGCACCAAGUACGGACCAAAUCAGUCGCUGCUUAUGCAACAGCUGCUCGCGCGUGAUCCGACCUAUUCGGUUAUUCUGCACGGUGACUACAAUCGUAACAAUGUGCUGUUCCGUUACGCGGAUGAAACUCCCGUCGAGAUACUGAUGAUCGAUUUCCAGGAGAACCGGUACGGAUCACCAGCACUGGAUUUGUCGUUCUUCAUGUACAUGAACAUGACGCCCGAGCUGAGGGAACGGUUUUGGGAGGAGCUGUUGCACCGCUAUCACCGGCAGCUCAUGCAAACGCUGUGCGAAGUAUUGCGCUGUCCCGCGACAGAUCCACGCCUCGAACCGUACAGUGAGGUGAAUUUUCUCCAGCACUUUUCUCGCUUUGCAAUGUACGGUGCAAUGGUAGCGCUGAACUUUAUUCCCACUAUGAUGAGCAGCGAGCAGGAAUGUGCUGAAAUUAGUGGCUACUUUGAGCAGGAUAUUCAUAGCGAAGGAUUUCGUCGAUGCACCUUAACGAUUGGCGGGGAUGUGGUUAAUCGGCGAAUAACGGCAGUGAUGCGACACGCAAGCAAAAUGGGAUACAUGGAUGUAAUGUAA